AGGACGUGUGAAGUAGUUUUUCUGUAAACAGGAAGGCCACCGUGGAGGCCAAGCCUUCCCCAUGGGCACCUUCUCAGAUUGCGAUUGUGGAUGAAAUGAGGGAUUUUCUUGAAACAACCCUCACGCAGGUACCCCUUGGGCAGCCUUCAACCGCUCUGGGGAAGGAGGCCCCAGGCAUAGACAACUGCAGUAUAAAUAAUCAUCCCUACAGUGCUCUGUCAGGGCUGUAGGGGGGCACGGGACAGUAAGGGAGGAGGCUGAACUGCGCGAUUUUACCUGGCUUCUCCAGAAGGGGAAGGCGGCCAGUUGGACCCGGUCCUUGUGUUCGGAGAACAGAGUCACCCAGGCCUCGAACGCCUGCGAUGGUCGGCGUCUCUUCCCUAGGUGACGCAAGACGCGGAGCGCGGCUGCACGACGCUGGCGCAAGCGCGGGCGCAAGAGCGCCGGCCUCCGAGACGGUGAGAAAAUGGCUAGCAACAAUCAUUGGUUUCAGAGUUCGCAGGUCCCCAGCUUUGCCCAGAUGCUGAAAAAGAACCUGCCAGUUCAACCAGCGACAAAGACGAUAACUACACCCACAGGAUGGUCCUCAGAAAGUUACAGCCUGUCCAAGAUGGCAUCCAAGGUUACGCAAGUAACGGGUAAUUUUCCAGAACCGUUGCUUUCCAAGAAUCUUUCAUCUAUUUCAAAUCCUGUCCUUCCUCCAAAAAAAAUACCUAAGGAAUUUAUAAUGAAAUACAAACGUGGAGAAAUAAAUCCUGUGUCAGCCUUGCACCAGUUUGCACAAAUGCAGCGAGUUCAGCUUGACCUUAAGGAAACUGUGACAACAGGUAAUGUUAUGGGACCAUAUUUUGCCUUUUGUGCUGUGGUGGAUGGUAUUCAGUACAAGACUGGACUGGGACAAAAUAAAAAGGAGUCUAGAUCCAAUGCAGCAAAAUUAGCUCUUGAUGAGCUUCUACAACUGGAUGAACCUGAACCACGAAUUUUAGAAACAUCAGGUCCUCCUCCUUUCCCUGCAGAACCUGUUGUUUUAUCUGAACUAGCAUAUGUUUCAAAAGUACAUUAUGAAGGGAGACAUAUUCAAUAUGCAAAGAUUUCACAGAUCGUUAAAGAAAGAUUUAAUCAACUAAUUUCUAAUCGUUCAGAAUACCUGAAAUAUAGCAGUUCAUUGGCUGCUUUUAUAAUUGAAAGAGCUGGACAACAUGAGGUUGUAGCUAUAGGCACAGGUGAAUACAAUUACAGCCAGGACAUUAAGCCAGAUGGAAGAGUAUUGCAUGACACUCAUGCUGUUGUUACAGCAAGAAGGUCUCUUCUUAGGUACUUUUAUAGACAACUUCUGCUCUUCUACAGCAAAAAUCCUGCUAUGAUGGAAAAAUCAAUAUUUUGUACAGAACCAACUUCUAAUCUACUCACUCUUAAACAGAAUAUCAACAUUUGCCUUUACAUGAACCAGUUGCCUAAAGGAUCAGCCCAGAUUAAGUCACAGUUACGUCUUAAUCCACAUUCUAUAUCUGCAUUUGAAGCCAAUGAAGAACUCUGUCUCCACGUGGCUGUUGAAGGCAAAAUUUAUCUGACUGUUUACUGUCCUAAAGAUGGUGUUAAUAGAAUAAGCAGUAUGUCCUCAAGUGACAAAUUGACCAGAUGGGAAGUGCUUGGUGUACAGGGAGCAUUGCUGAGUCAUUUUAUACAGCCAGUUUACAUCAGCAGUAUACUUAUUGGUGAUGGGAAUUGCAGUGAUACCAGAGGCUUAGAAAUCGCUAUAAAGCAACGUGUUGAUGAUGCACUCACUUCAAAACUUCCAAUGUUUUACUUAGUUAACAGACCUCAUAUUAGUUUAGUACCCUCUGCAUAUCCCCUUCAAAUGAACUUGGAAUAUAAAUUUCUGAGUCUGAAUUGGGCACAAGGAGAUGUUUCUUUGGAGAUUGUGGAUGGCCUGAGUGGGAAGAUCACUGAAAGUUCCCCAUUUAAAAGUGGUAUGUCAAUGGCAAGUCGGCUUUGUAAGGCUGCAAUGUUAAGUCGGUUUAACCUGCUUGCCAAAGAAGCUAAAAAAGAAUUACUUGAAGCUGGUACAUAUCAUGCAGCUAAGUGUAUGUCUGCCUCCUAUCAAGAAGCUAAAUGUAAGUUGAAAUCCUACUUACAACAACAUGGCUAUGGAUCCUGGAUUGUGAAAUCUCCCUGCAUAGAGCAAUUUAACAUGUGAAAUAGGCAAUCCAUUAUCACAUUAAAAAUCUUGUAUUGUU